AUGAAUAGUCAAAUACUCAGACCUGUGACCUCUCAAUCCAAAGCCAGGCUAUAUGCAAAUGUAAACCUCAAUAAAAACCAAGAGUAUUAUGACUAUGAAAACCUAAAAAUUGACUGGGGGCAUCAAGAAAACUAUGAAGUCCUCCGAAAGAUCGGACGUGGAAAAUACGCUGAUAUCUUUGCCGGCAUUAAUAUAGUCAGCAAUGAAAAAGUGGUCAUCAAAGCUUUAAAGCCGAUAAAAAAGCAAAAAAUUCGUAGGGAAAUAAAAAUUCUUAGGUGUCUGCAAGGCUCAUGCAGCAUUCCGCGCAUAUUUGAUGUAAUUGAAGACAAGCCUUCUAAAACCAUUUCAUUGAUUUUGGAAUACUUUGAGAACCAGGAGUAUAAGACACUUAUGAAGCAGUUGACAGAUUUUGAAGUUCGUUAUUAUAUGUACGAACUUCUUAAAACUCUUGAUUAUGCCCAUUCUCAUGGAAUCAUGCAUAGAGACAUCAAGCCAAAUAACAUCAUGAUUGACCAUAGCCAAAGAAAACUUGCUUUAAUUGACUGGGGACUAUCAGAGUUUUAUGUCCCUGGUACUCCAUACCACUGUAGGGUUGGCACCAGAUAUUAUAAAGCUCCUGAGCUUCUAUUCAACUACCAAUAUUACGAUUAUUCUUUAGACAUGUGGGCCUUUGGGACAGUUUUUGCUGGAAUAAUUUUCCAAAAAGAGCCUUUUUUCCACGGCCACGACAAUUUAGACCAAAUCGUCAAAAUCAUCAGAGUUCUCGGAACAGAAACCUUAAGAAGCUAUAUUGAUAAAUUUGACCUAGAAAUAGAGCCACAGCUUGAAGAAGCAGUAGGUCUCUACCCAAAACGAGGCUGGAACAAAUUUAUUGACCCAGAGCGUAAAGAACUUGCUGGGCCAGAAGCGAUUGAUUUACUUUCACAUAUACUCAGAUAUGAUCAUGAGCAAAGAACCCUUCCUUCAGAAGCCAUGAGACACGAGUAUUUUGAGCCUGUCAGAGAAAUGUGGAAACAAGUAAAAGCUGGGGUGCUAUCCUACGACAGUGAGUCUUCUGAAUACAAGACCGGAAGAAUAUUAAUAGACAACCCAAUAACUUACUAA